GUGAUUCCCUGCAAGAUCUGCGGGGACAAAUCCUCCGGGGUGCACUACGGGGUCAUCACCUGCGAGGGCUGCAAGGGCUUCUUCCGGCGCAGCGAGCGGCGCGGGCCGAGCCUGGCCCCGUGUCACCGCGGGCAGCGCUGCGACAUCGACCGCGCCACCCGCACGCGCUGCCAGCACUGCCGCCUGCAGAAGUGCCUGCGCCUCGGCAUGUCCCGCGACGCCGUCAAGUUCGGCCGCAUGUCCAAGAAGCGGCGGGACCGGCUGCAGGCGGAGGUGCUGGAACAGCUGGAACAGCGGGAAAAGAACCGGGAACAAAACCGGGAACAAAACCGGGAACAGACCCGGGAACACCGGGAACAAACGCGGGAAAACCGGGAAGAAAACCGGGACCACCGGGAACGGCCGGAAAACCGGGAGAAAGGGGAAAAGGGGGAGAAAUGGGAAAAGCGGGACCAGGACCGGGCGGCCCCGGUGCCACCGCAGCCCCCCCCGUUGUGGCGCUGUCCCCCGCUGUCCCCCGCUGUCCCCGCGGGCUGUCCCGGCAGGGCGUGGCCCGCGGAGGAGGCGACAAGGAGGGGACAGGACGGGGACAGCGCGGGGACAGCGGGGACAGGGCCGGUGCCUCUGCCCGGUGCUGGCGGCGUCCCGGAGUCACCGGCGGGGCUGGAGAUCGAGCUGCUGACACAGAGUGUCCUGCUGUCACACCGUGCCACGUGCCACCCCUGUGCCGAGGACAUCCAGGGCCACCGCUGGGCCACCUUCAGCCCCGAGGAGAUCCGCGCCUACCAGAGCCAGCCCAUGGCGGCCAUGUGGCAGCGCUGUGCCCGCCGUGUCACCGAGGCCAUCGAGCGCGUGGUGGAGUUCGCCAAGCGCCUGCGCGGCUUCCGGCAGCUCAGCCAGCACGACCAGAUCGUCCUGCUCAAGGCGGGUGCCAUGGAGGUUGUCCUGCUCCGCAUGUGCCGCGCCUUCGACGCCACCACGGGCACGGUGCUGUUCGAGGGCAAACUGGCGGGGCCCGAGCUCUUCCGCUCGCUGGGGUGUCCCGAGCUGGUCGCGUCCGUGUUCGAUUUCGCGCGGGGGCUGAGCGCGCUGCGCUGCUCCGAGAGCGAGCUGGCGCUGCUGAGCGCGCUGCUGCUGCUCAACGCCGGCCGGCCGUGGCUGCAGGACCGCCCGCGGGUGGCGCGGCUGCAGGGACAGAUCGAUGUCGCCUUCCGGGGGCUGCUGCGCCGGACCCGCCGCGAGGGGAUCCUGCCACGGCUGCCCGCCCCGGGCCGGCUCCGCGCUCUGUGCUCGCAGCACCUGGAGCAGGUUCAGGCUUUCCGCCGCCUGCACCCCGCGGGGGUCUCGGCCGCCUUCCCGCCGCUCUACCGGGAGCUCUUCGCCCCCGACGCCGCCGAUGGCCCCGCGGGGACCCGCUGA